AUGGGGAAUGCAGCGGGUGGUAUGAACAUGUCCCCUGGACGAGAUGUGACAGGGCCCCAAAGUUUCCUUCUCCCUGGGGUCCAGAAACAUCCCCCUGGCCCUAAACUGCCCUUACCCCCAGAGGAAGAGCUAGAGGAGCGAUUCGGCCUUGUUCUGAACUCCAUGAAUCUUCCUCCUGAUAAAGUGAAACUACUCUGCCAGUAUGACAAUGAGAAGAAAUGGGAGUUGAUCUGUGACCAGGAGCGCUUUCAGGUGAAGAAUCCCCCAUCAGCAUACCUGCAGAAACUCAAAAGCUUCUUACAACAGGGAGGAAGGAAGUUUAAGAGGCGUGUCCCAGAGAUCACACAAGUCUUGAGAGAGCUGGAAAUAUCCUUAAGGACCAACUACAUCGGCUGGGCUCAGGAGUUUCUAAAUGAGAAGAAUAAGGGGUUGGACACUCUGGUCGACUACCUGUCUUUUGCUCAGCGGGUUGUCUCGUAUGACAUGGACAACACUGACAAUGGCAGCUUUGAAAAUAAAUCACUGGAUGAUCUGACCAGCAGUGCUACAAACUCUCCUACCCAUAAUUCCUCACGUAACAACCAUUCAUUCACCGGACGUUUGACUUCUUUCCACCACAGGAAGGCCCAGAGGAACUCAUGCCUGCUCAGUCAAAAGGAUCAUCUCCACCUGUGCAUUUUAUGCAUACGGGCCAUCAUGAACUAUCAGUCUGGGUUUAAUCAGGUGAUGGGCCAUCCACGCUGCGUGAAUGAGAUCACUCUAAGUCUCAACAACAGGAGUUCCAGAACUAAAGCUUUAGUAUUGGAAUUGUUAGCUGCCGUGUGUUUGGUGAAAGGGGGUCACAACAUCAUUCUCUCAGCUUUCAACAACUUCAAAGAGGUCAGUGGUGAGAAGGCACGCUUUGAGAAGCUGAUGGACUAUUUUCGGAAUGGAGACAACAUCGACUUCAUGGUGGCAUGCAUGCAGUUCAUCAAUAUUGUGGUGCAUUCCGUAGAGAAUAUGAACUUCAGGGUUUAUCUGCAGUAUGAGUUCACACAGCUUGGACUGGAUGAUUACCUGGAGAAGUUAAAGCUGAGUGAGAGUGAGAGGCUACAGGUGCAGGUCCAGGCAUAUCUUGAUAAUGUGUUUGAUGUUGGAGCCUUGCUGGAGGAUGCAGAAACCAAAAUCACCUUACUGGAUCACUUAGAUCUACAGCAACACAGCACACAUUUUGGUAGCAGGUUGGAGGAGUGUGAGAAUGAAGCAAUGGUAAAAGUAUCUGAACUUGAGAAACAGCUCAUAGAGACCACCAAGGAAGUGGAACUGCUGAAGAAGAGCCUGAGGGAGUCACAUGAGCAGGUUUUGGCCCUGCAGCAAAGAGAGUGUGAGCACGAGAUGGGUAGGGAAACAGAGCGGCAGAAAGAGCAUGAGCGGGAGCACUCGGUCAGAGUGCUGACCUUGCUGGAGCAGAAGGUCCAGACACUGGUGGACCAGGGCCUCAUGCGGAUGGAGAGAUCCGAGUCUGGCUCUGUGGACCUCAACGUCAUACCAGCCAAAACAGAGAAGUCACAACUACCUCGCACAGAUAUAAAUGAGAUUAUGGAAGUAGAUAGUCUACCAGCCACAUCUGCUGCACAGUCUCAGCCCCCACCUCCAGCCCCGCCCCCACUGCCAGGCCCCGCCCCUCCACCCCCUCCUCCUCCUCCCCCUCCUGGCAAUGGUAUACGUGGUAGGAAGCCAAUCAAGACAAAGUAUCGCAUGCCAUUGUUUAACUGGCAAGCAUUAAAACAAGAACAGGUGGCCAGAACUGUCUUUACCGAACUGGACGAUGAAAAUAUUUUAAGGGAAUUGGAUAUGGGUCAAUUUGAGGAGUUGUUUAAGACAAGAGCUCAGUCAGCCCCUGCUGACGUUUGCACUCUGAAGAUGAAAGUGUCUAAGAAAGCUUCCAACAGAGUCUCUCUACUGGAGCCCAACAGGGCCAAAAACCUCGCCAUCACUCUGCACAAGGGAGGCAUGGAUGCCAACCAGAUCUGCACUGCCAUUGAAAAUUAUAACCUCAAUGCAUUAAGCCUGGAUUUUUUGGAGCUGCUGGAGCGUUUCAUCCCGUCGGAUUACGAGUUAAAAUUAAUCCAGAACUAUGAGCGUGAGGGGCGGUCCCUGCUGGAGCUGUCAGAGGAAGACAGGUUCAUGGUGCGCUUUGGAAAAAUCCCGCGUAUCACCUGCCGCCUGAGCACGCUCACCUUCCUGGGCAACUUCAGCGAAAGCGUCCAGCACCUGCAGCCACAACUGAACACCAUCAUUGCUGCCUCAAUGUCUAUUAAAUCCUCCAACAAACUGAAGAAGAUUCUAGAGAUUAUUCUAGCUUUUGGCAACUACAUGAACAGCGGGAAGCAGGGAGCAGCGUAUGGCUUUCGGCUCCAGAGCCUUGACCUGCUACUGGAUAUGAAGUCUACGGAUCGCAAACUGACACUUCUACACUUCCUGGUGAGCAUUAUACAGGAGAAAUACCCUCACCUGCACACCUUUCACACUGAGCUACAAUUUAUGGACAAAGCAGCACUAGUGUCCCUGGAAAGCAUCUUAUUAGAUGUACAGGCACUGGAGAAAGGAAUGGAUGUGACCCAGAAGGAGUUUGAGGAACAGAAAGACAGUCCUAUCCUAAGAGAUUUCUUGUCCAAUAACAGCAGUCUCAUGAAGUCUGUGGUUAAAGAUGCAAAAACUGCCCAGGAGGUGUAUGAAUCUGUGGUGGAGUACUUUGGGGAUGAUCCAAAAACCACACCCCCUGCUAUGUUUUUCCCAAUAUUCAUUAGGUUCAUUAAAGCCUAUAAGUUGGCUGAACAAGAGAAUGAACAGAGAAAGAGAGAUCAUUUCAUUGGUGCUGAUGAGUUCAUGGACCCGGCCAUCUCCGACCCAGCCUGGAAUAGGCCAAAAAAGGUGCCUGCAUUGUGGCCGCUACCACAGGUGGAUUUGAUCGCGGAGCUGAAGCGCCGGCAGGUUUCUCCUCUGGUGCGCGAGGGCAAAGACGGUGCCAUUGAGGACAUCAUUACAGGUCUGAGGAAUCAGCCUUACAUAAGGUCAGAUGGAGGGAGGUGCAGCAACAAGUGGAAACCAUCCCAACAACUUCAAGUUUCCUCAGAUAUCUCUCUGUAA